GUUCAACAGCAUGGUAGAGCUGGUAGUUUUUCGAUACAUCGCCGAUGUUUUUCCAAGUCUACAGCAUGGACAAAUUGAAAUUUAACAACUUGGUGAUAUCCAACAAGAAGCUGAUCCAGAAGGCACGUGCCCAGACCAUCGCCAAACUCGUCCAAAAGUUGAGAAAGUCAAAGGAUGGCCUGGCCAAGAAUCCGGACAGCGAAAAGGAGAAGAUUCGUCUGCGGAAGAACAGCGAGUGCCUGGCCCAGCUGAAAACAUUAAAGUGCUUGGACAUCGUUCGGCAAUCUCUGCUCCAGGAAGGCACUAAUCCCAAUGCAGUGAUUGCCAGCGAACGCUCCACUCCGGACGAACUAGGCAUCGCCAUGCUGCGGCUGAACAAAAUCAUGCAUGGAUUGGUGGACACGUUUGUGGAGACCCUGAAGCUGACCACCGACAAGGAGGCCAAGUGGCGGGAGGAGAUACUGGAGACCAGCAAGCGACGGUUUAAGAUCGAGCGAACUGAGGAGAAGAAGAGGAAACGUAAGGAGCUGAAGGACCAAAAGGCGCAGACAAGGAAUCGAUUGGAGUGGUUGGAGCAGAAUAAAGUGGUCGGAGCUGAGAGCACGGAGACUAAAGAAGCUUCCGAAGCCGGCCAAGUGAUGACCGAAGAGGAAAACCCAUCUGCAAUCCAACCAGAGAAGCAGCAGGAAGAAGUUAGUAAAAAGGAUAAGCCCACGCCAGCUACAAAGCCAGAGAAGCCGCAACCCAAAAAGAAAAACAAAAACGAGCCCAGACCUCUUAACAAAACAGUAAAACCCCAACGACUUCCACAAAAAGAAUUGGUAAACGAAAGCAAGCAAAACCAGCAAAACUUCCAGGAGAAACAAACUCUGCGAGAAAUCAAGCCAAAGGAAAGAAAGCAAAAUCCUAGUGAGCUUAAAGAAAGGAAACCUAAAUCGCGACCAGAAAGAAAGCAAAGCAUUGAAGAAGAUUCAAAGCCAGACAAAGAUCGUCCCACACACGUUGUUGAUCCAUUUUUCAUAACUGAAUCUGGGCAGCCAUAUUUGUCCACCGCUGUGGUUCUUUCGGAGGACAACGAGAGCGAGGCUGAGGAGGAGCAGAGGCCGCCACCAGUCAAACGGUACCGAAGCGACGACCAACGGGCUAGUAAUUAUCGGGAAAGGCCCGAGAGACAGCCAGGAUUUGGCACAAAAAAAGCACACGAUGAUCGCCAUCCCUCCUGGGUAGCCAAGCAGCAAAAGAAACCCGUUAUAGGCGACUUCAGGGGUAAAAAGAUCACCUUCAGUGAGGAUGGGCAGGCGGCAGAGAUUAGGGCUCCUAAGAUUACUCCUGCUCCCUCGGCUGCCGCUCCCGCAUCGACCGAAGGCAUGCACCCCUCUUGGGUGGCCAAGCAGAAGUGGAAGCCCAAAAUCGCCGACUUCCAGGGUACCAAAAUUAAGUUUGACGAGGAUUAGCAAUAAACAAGUUGAUAUUA